GUGGGCUGUGUCACGGCCGUGAGCCAUCACAGUCACCCUGUCACACCGGCCCUCCCUCGGUCGCUCCCCGGGCCCGCGUUUGAACGGUCUGCACGCGCGCUCUCCGCAUCCAACGCGUUUGCCGUCCAACCCACCAUGUCCGACGAUGGAAUGAACAUUGACGACAGCGGAAACGACGGAGUCGUGCGCCGCAAGGGCAGGGGUUUCCAGAGCGCUGCUGGCGCAAAUGAAAGCGCAGUCGCCUCGGAACAAGCCUUUGACCGAGUAGAGUCGACCCAAGACUCGGGCACAAGGGCAGCAAGAUCCGUAGAGGGUUGGAUCGUUCUCGUGACAAAUGUGCAUGAAGAAGCUACCGAGGAAGACGUGACGGACAAAUUCGCGGAGUAUGGCGAGAUCAAGAACCUGCAUUUGAACCUCGAUCGCAGGACGGGUUAUGUGAAGGGAUAUGCUUUGGUGGAGUACGAAACGAUGGCAGAAGCCCAGGCUGCCAUCGACAGUGCCUCAGGCACGACGCUGCUGGAGCAGACACUCCAGUGUGACUACGCAUUUGUGCGGCCGCCUCCAACUGGUCCCAAGAAAGGCCGUGGCAGGGAAGGUCGGGGACGCAGUGCGAGCCCGUCUCGUCGUCGGGAUAGGGAAUAAAAAUAUACUGAGGAUGCUGGUUUUGUGGCUUUUGUCUACCACCUUUUACUCGACGCUCUGCUGGAUCCAAUCGUCAAAGUAGCUAGCGUUCAUUCCGAUGCUAUGAUCAUCGCGUGUAAAUUGUAAUAAUAUUGCAACGACGAAAGGAUGAGUGCUUCAACUUU